UUCCCCACAUCGUCGCCUUCGCCUCUCCCGCUUUCCGGUUAUUCUCCUCUCCUUUCUCUUCGUGGCGUCCUUGGAAUCUGGAUCUUAAGAACCCUACUGUUCUCUGGAUCCCAUCAAGAAGUACUCCAUUCUUGUGAUCGCGGCCGGAUCUGAGGGCUGGGCGGGUUAGAUCCGUCUUCCGAUUGGGCUCGAUCGGAUCAGAUCUGGUCUCGGGCCCUUUGGUUCUGGAAGGAAUGCAAUUGAAGCUGCGCUAGGUGGAUCUGGAUCUGGAAUCUCGGUUUGCUACAGUUUUGACUUGAUAUCACGAGAACAGUUUGAUUUCUAGAUCUAUUGGCCAGGUGGUGGCCAAGUAAUACUUGCAAAAGGUGUACUUUUGAGAUGCUAAAGAACGGGAUGGUAGAAUGCAGUGUUUGUCAUUCCAAAAUAGUCUCGCCAAGCCCAAGAUCUGUAUCAAGGGCAUAUGAUAAGCAUAGGAGCAAAGUAUCAUCCAGAUAUCGUGCUCUUAAAUUUCUUCUUGUUGUGGGUGAUUGUAUCUUGGUUGGUCUUCAGCCUAUACUAGUCUAUAUGUCCAAGGUGGAUGGGAAGUUCAAGUUUAGUCCCAUCAGUGUAAAUUUUUUGACAGAAGUUGCAAAAGUUCUCUUUGCCAUCAUUAUGUUAUUAUUCCAGGGUAGACGCCAAAAGGUUGGAGAGAAACCCCUUCUAUCAAUUUCUACAUUUGUACAGGCAGCUCGGAACAAUGUCCUUCUUGCUGUUCCUGCUCUUCUAUAUGCAAUCAAUAAUUAUCUAAAGUUUACUAUGCAGCUAUACUUCAAUCCUGCUACUGUGAAAAUGUUGAGCAACCUGAAGGUUUUGGUGAUCGCGGUCCUUUUAAAGAUAAUAAUGCGGAGGCGUUUUUCCAUAAUUCAGUGGGAGGCUCUUGCGCUUUUGCUGAUUGGGAUAAGCGUAAAUCAACUCCGAUCACUGCCUGAGGGUUCCACAGCACUGGGUCUUCCAGUUACAAUGAUUGCUUAUGUGUAUACAUUAGUUUUUGUUACUGUUCCAUCAAUGGCCUCCGUCUACAAUGAAUAUGCUCUGAAAAGCCAAUUUGAAACAAGUAUUUACCUUCAGAACUUAUUUUUGUAUGGAUAUGGUGCAAUAUUCAACUUUUUGGGCAUUGUAGGGACUGCCCUUUUCAAAGGACCUAAUAGCUUUAAUAUCCUCGAAGGCCACUCAAAGGCGACGAUGUUUUUGAUAUUUAACAAUGCAGCACAGGGCAUACUUUCAUCAUUCUUCUUCAAAUAUGCCGACACAAUCUUGAAGAAGUAUUCAUCUACUGUUGCCACAACUUUUACUGGCAUCGCAUCUGCUGCAUUAUUUGGUCAUACAUUGACCAUGAACUUCAUCUUGGGGUUAUCCAUAGUUUUUAUAUCUAUGCACCAGUUCUUCUCUCCGAUUGCGAAAGUAAAAGAUGAGACACCACUUAGAAAAUUAGAGAUGAUGGAAGAUCAACAUCCAAGGUCAAAGGAAGCUUCUUUCAUAGACAUGACUGCUGGUGCUGCUGAAGAUGCCAGCCACCACAUUGGACAUGAUGAGAGACAGCCUCUCUUGCCCAUUUGAUGUCAUGUUUGAGGCAUCACUCCGAUCCUUAUAAAACUUAACCAUAUGAUAAUUAAGGUUUUCAAUGGAAAUCAGAAGUUGGAACCACUACAUCGCCUUAAAAUUACUUGAGAAAAUAUUGGUUUUCUUGCUCCAGUGUGUAACAGAAGCAAUGGUCCUGACUCUGUUUCUGCCUUGCAUUUAUUGCCUUUGGAAGUCAGCAUGCUGUGAAAUGAACUUUUCUGCACUCGGUAGUGAUUUCUAAAAGCCUACCUCAAAUGUACUUUACAUUUUAGCUCAAUCAUUUCUUUCUUCUCCCACUUGCUAAACCUUAUUCUUUAGUCUAUCUUGUUUUAUUUCUUAGCAUGAGAUGGGAAUCUGAGCAGUGACUGAUAUUGGAUGUCCUAAUUACAACCUUGUGUGUUGGAUGAAUCUUCGUAUUGAUGUUU